AGGAACAAGAAACUUAUCAUGGCAGCGAUAAGAAACCAGAAGGUUCUGAAGCACACCAUCCACCUCUUCUCCUCGAGAUCAGGAAAGGAAGGGAUCGCCGGUGGCUGCAGCACCGCAUCCGCCGGACCAUCCUCCGACGAGCUCGACGAGUCCGACGUCAUCUGGGCCUCAUCAUUCUCCCCUCCACAAUCCGCCGGGCCGUGGCCCACCAGGAAGAAAACCGUGUCUGUUGAUCCGGCCGGCCCAAACGCCAUCGGAUCACUCCCGGUGAACAUACCCACCUGGUCGAAAAUACAAAGUCGAGUGUUUGAGGAAGAGGACGACGUGGAAGCCGUGCUGCCGCCACACGAGGUGUUGUGGCGGCGGCGUGCGGAGUCUCUCUCUGUUGUGGAAGGGAUCGGCCGGACGCUGAAGGGAAGGGAUCUGAGCCGGGUCCGCAACGCCGUCUGGGCUCAGACCGGAUUCCAAGACUGACUCGGACCGUGGGCCGGGUUCUGUAAGGACGUGUACGCUGUGCUUCCUGUACGUUGUAAUUUUAAACUGAUCUUAAAUUAAAGAUAACAUGAAUAGCUGUAAAAAUAUAUAUAAAGAGAGUAAUGUGAAGCACAUAAUAUGAAAUAUUAAAAAUUAAUUAUCUAUUUGGGAUAGUU